AUGGCUUUCGCUCGUCCAUUCGCUCUGCAGUUCUCGAGGAGCGUACAUGAGUUUCCCUUCCAGAGCUUCUUCUCAGAUAUACACUGGAAUUUCGCGCACAGGAAUGCCCUUGGAGACUUAUAUUUGAGACGUCUCUCCCAAUCUGCACAAGUCAUAUCUAAAUCUAAUUACAACGUUGGGACUAUAGGACACAUUGAUCACGGGAAAACGACGCUUACUGCUGCUAUUACUCAUGUGCUUGCAAAGCAAGGCCUUGCAAAACCUGUGAAAUUUGAUGAAAUCGACAAAGCCAAGGAAGAGAAGAAACGUGGAAUCACCAUUAAUAUUGCUCAUAUUGGAUAUGAAAGCUUGAAAAGAAGGUAUUCGCAUACUGACUGUCCUGGCCAUUCCGAUUUUAUAAAGAAUAUGAUUUGCGGCACGGCUCAAAUGGAUGCAGCUGUAUUAGUCAUAGCUGCAACUGAUGGUGUGAUGGCUCAAACAAAAGAACAUCUCAUCCUAGCCCGACAGAUUGGCCUUAAACACAUUAUUGUUUUCAUCAAUAAAGCGGACUUAGUGGAAGAUGAUGUGCUGGAUCUUGUGGAAAUCGAAUCCCGUGAAUUGCUGUCAGCUCAUGGUUUUGACGGAGACAAUGCACCUAUAAUUCGCGGAUCAGCCUUGCUUGCCCUAGAAGGCAAAGACGCUUCGAGUAUAACUGAACUUCUCAAAGUACUCGAUGAUCUUCCAGAACCCCAACGACAACAGAAUGAACCCCUAAUAAUGCCUGUAACUUCUAAAACUGCAAUAACAGGUCGAGGUACCGUUGUCAUUGGGACUGUCGAACAGGGAAUUUUGAAAAAAGGUGACAAGAUAGAGAUUAAAGGUGACGGUAAGGAUGUUUCCACUGUUGCAUCGGACAUCCAAGUCUUUGGAAAGAGUGUAAAAGAAGUGAGGGCUGGUGAUCACUGUGGUGUCCUGUGCAGAGGAGUGAAGGCGGAUCAAGUAGCACGAGGGAUGUGGUUGGGUCAUAUUGGCUCUGUGAACGUUACUAACUUUAUAAAAGCAGAGAUGUAUCUUCUCAGUGAAGAGGAAAACGGCAGGAAAGUUGGGAUACGGUCUGGAUUUACCGAUAAAUUGUUCUGCAGUACUUGGGAUCAGGUAGCUCGAUUCGAGCUCGCACAAGAACUUCUGAUGCCCGGAGAGCACACUCAAGCAACGGUCACUCUGAUGCGAAGUAUGCCCUUCAGAAAAGGAAUGCCCUUCACUUUGAGAGAUGGCAACACAAAACAAACAAUUGCUAGAGGUCUAAUUUCUGAGCUGCUGCCUCCGGUAACAGUGGAGAAGUACAAUCUUAAAAAAGCUGCUGCUCAUCAUGAGGAUUAA